UUAACAACAUAAAAACAACACAGUAUAAAACAGGUUUAGAUCUAAAACAAAUAUAAGAGAUUUUAGGUGCCACCGGAAAUGUCCAGUCCUUUCUGUUUAUUCCGACUUCCUGUACCAACCGAAGUGCUUUCAGUAUGGCAGCUGCACCGACCUCGGUUGGACGAGAUCAAUCGACUAAAACUCCCUCACCUAUCGUGUUUGAUGUAUCACAGCCUCCGGUGAUCGAGGGAUUUAGCCCGCUGCCAAGGGCAAAGGAAGAAAACUUUAAAGACAAAUUUAUCAGGAAAACUAAAGAAAACCCAUUCGUCCCUAUAGGUUGCUUAGGAACCGCUGGGGCAUUGAUCUAUGGCCUCGGUGCCUUCAGAAGUGGCAAGACCCGGCAGUCGCAGCUGUCAAUGAGAGCCCGUAUCUUCGCUCAAGGCUUCACAGUCGUUGCCAUCAUAGUGGGUGUUGCUGCCACAGCACUGAAGCCCAAGUAGUGAAGAAACAACAGAGCAAUGACAGUUUGACCAGAGCCUUAUGUAGCUGAUGAGUGAAAAGUGAUGUAAAUGUGGAAUGAACUGAAUGCUUAAUGCAGCUGUUACCAUUUUUAUUUUCUUCAAAGAGAAGUGCCUAGUGCAAGAACAACAGUCUGACAGGUGGUAGGUGGGGCUAUUUGACUUCAUCAGAUUUAUGCCCAAUAUUUAAUUUAAAGAGUGUCCUGAUUCGAGUCAGAAAUAGCUACUUUUGUAGUUAUUUGGUGCGACAGGCCAAGUGGUAUUUUUUCCUAUGUUGAUAAAUUAAGGUAGUGUAAAUGUUGUGUCUUAUCUCAAUUGUCUAUUAUGUACAU